AUGUACCACAACAUUCACGAAUACGAGGGCCCUUGGAUGAUUUUUUCCCAGAAUUGCUUCUCAGUAGCGCUUGAAGGGGGGAAUUGUCUCAUGGAUAAUUUUUCUUCUCAACAAUCCUCGUUGACAUCUGGUAAGCGACCCCGACAGGAAGAUGGAGAGCACUUAGAACAAAGAAAAUGUAGAAGGUGGAUGCGGAGUUCGCAGUCGGAUACAGCAGUGGUUAAGGGUGACUGGGAGUUAUCUGAGGUGGUAACGUGUGGCAAGUGCGAAAGCAAGGCACGUGAUCAGGCAACGCAUGAAAAAUUCUCUUUUGUGGCCGUUCCGCUGAAGAGACUGGCAAGUAACCCCUUCUUUGAUGCACAGGAAAAGCUGGUUCAACGAACGCUACUUCCGAAUACUACUGCAAAUCCCCUCGCCGGCUUAUACUCUAUCACUGCACCUCCUGUAGAAUCUACCACCAAUCCGCCCCCGACCAGCAAUGCUCGAUCCCUACGAUCUCUCACUCGAACGUCUCCUGCGGUGGCGGAGGGGCGCCUUCGCGUCAUUUUCAUGCAGUCGUCUAUUUAUUCCCGAGGUUCGUAUCUAGCGAAUGAAAGCGGCGAGGAUGGCACCGGUGUAGCAGCUUUCCCCUACCUUCCGACUCAGAUUUGCACUCAUACUUCCGCUCCUGUGGUGCUCAAGACUGUCCAAUUAUAUCCUCAGCCAUACCUGUACACCUGUCCUGCUUCCGAAAUGCAUGCAAACACAUCUGGUGAACCAGUAUACCAAUACCGAGGAAUUGCGGCACACCUAAUGAUCUGCCGACUAUCCCCUGAUACGUGUCGUGGAGUAGCCCCUGGUGUCACCCUUACGCAAACUCCCAAGUCGCUGAGAUGUACUUGUUGGGCAACGAUAGGAAUAUAUCUCAUAACUUCCUCUGCGUUCAAGAAGAAAGGCAGCGGUAGUUCCGCAGACGUUAAUUUCGCCAACAAGGGUCCCCACCAGCGACGAAGUCAGCGAUCGGCUAUGGGUCGGCAUAGGCAGUACCUGGAGGUCCACCAACGAAACCAGUUUCAGGAAGGGCGCAUAGCCAGUUUCCCUUACGAACGGCGGCCUCGCACCACUGGAUCAGACAUCCAGGGACGUGUACGGCAGGGCCUAGAGAAGGGGUGGGGCCUAUGCUUUUCGCACGCCUGCGCCAGCCCCGUGCCCUCUCUCUCCCACAAACGUCCACCAACCGUUGCUCUGCUGUUUGUGCUUCGUACCGACAUCCAAGGUUGCCUGCUCGAGACUUCGUGUCUUUACUGUGGGUUCUUUUGGGUUGCUUGGUUUCUUUCUCGUUUCAAAGGGUAUGACUUUUCUGUCCCUGUCUUAUUGCAAGUGAUCACCGAACCUAGCACGAAGGCAGAACCGUUUCCGUCGUACGAGGUUUUCCUCAGACGAAAAAACUUGGAACAGUAUCCUCCAGGGGAAGGUGGCCGGUAUGAUGCCCUCUUCCGCCUGGCGUGCGCACUCCAUGAGAGAUACAAAAAAGAGCGUGAAAUCGACGACUUGAACGAGGCGAUCGAUUUGCAUCGCGCUGCUUUGAAACUCCGACCAGUCGAAAGCGUGUGGUAUCAUCGGUCCAGGUCACUCAACAAUCUUGCUUGCUGUCUGUCGGAUAGAUAUGACGAGCAGGGAGCAGUCAAAGACUUAGAAAGAGCCAUCACGCUUGGACGUAGAGCACUAGGGCUCCGUCCACCUGGGCAUCCUCUUCGUGGUGUCACUCUCCACGAUCUCGCCGCCUACCUCAACAGCAGGUUCGACGAACAGGCUGUAAUCGGCUGCUUGGAGGAAGCCAUCUCGCUUUCACGUGCAGCACUAGAGCUCCGUCCACCAGGGCAUCCUGAUCGUGAUGCCACUCUCAACAAUCUCGCUCUCUACCUCAAGAACAGGUUCAACCAACAGGCUGCCAUCUGCGACUUGGAGGAAGCCAUCUCGCUCGCACGUGUAGCACUAGAGCUCCGUCCACCAGGGCAUCGUCAUCGUGAUGCCACUCUACAAUCUCGCUCGCUGCCUCAAGGGCAGGAAGCCAUCUCGCUCUUACGUGCAGCACUAGAGUUCUGUCCACCAGGGCAUCCCGAUCGUGGCAAAUAUCUUUACGACCUUGCUCACAACCUCUGGACAAAGUUUCAGAAACAAGUUGACAUGCCUGCGUUGCACGGCGCAAAUUCUCUUCAUCAAAUCGCGCCGGUGGUCCAUCCAACAAGCACGGCUGAUCUCGCAUCUUCGCUUCUCAAGCUCUCACUCCACCUCUGGGACAGGUUCCAGAGGGAGGCCGCGGUAACUGACUUAGACGAUGCUAUUUAUUAUGCAACGUAUGCUCUGGAACUUCGGUUACCACGAGACUCCCAUCGCGAGAGAGCUUGGGUUCAGAGGCUAGCCCAGGGCACCGAAUCAGAUGCACCUGCCGUACUUGGUCGAGAGAUAGACAAUCUAGGCGCUCUGGUCAAUUACUUUUGUCUAGCAGACCGGUUUCGUCAACAAUCCGCCACAGCGGAUCUCGACGAGGCUAUUUUGUUGGAGCAAGAAGUCUUGCAGGUACUCAUACCUGGAGAUCCUGGUUACGAUUUAUCCCAGUGCUCCCUUGCUACCUACCUCCGCCUGAGGGUCGAGUCACGAGCUGCGGUGACGUCCUCCAAUGCCUCACCUGUUACCCACUUUGAUGUCGAACAACUCAUCCGUAAUGUCGCAUUCGAAAUCCUCAAAACCAUACCAACCAGGCUGCUGCACACGCAUACUGGCAUCCUGUGCAACCGGCAUGCGCAGUUGACUCAGUUUAUGAACAGCCAACAGUACAAACGGCUGGUGUCACUGUGCACAGUAUGCGACCCAGGUCAGCGAAUGGAGCAGGUCCAUACGGCUAUCUUGAAAUACUUUCAGUACGUCAUGCUUUCUCACCGUUGGGGUGAAGACGAGCCAUCAUUACGCGACAUCGAGGGCCACCUGAUAUAUGAUAUGUCAGCAAAGGAGGGCUUUAAAAAGCUGCAAACCUUCUGCGCUGUUGCUUGCGAACGAGGUUUCCUGUGGGCAUGGAGUGACACGUGCUGCAUAGACAAAGACAGCAGUGCCGGAUUGCAAGAAGCCAUAGGAUCGAUGUUUGUGUGGUAUCGGCGGUCUUCCCUAACCACUGUGUAUCUCUCUGAUGUUCUGGAUACCGGUACGGAUGACGCUCGUUCGAGACUCCAAUGGGCGUCAUUACGUUGUACCACGCGGCCUGAGGAUAUCGCCUACUCACUUUUCGGGAUCUUUAAUCUUCAUCUUCCCGUUCUGUAUGGUGAAUCUGCUGAGAACGCGCUUGGGCGUCUCCUGGCAGAAAUCAUCUCGCAGUCUGGGGAUAUCUCAGUUCUGGAUUGGGUUGGGGAGGCGUCGCCGUUUCAUAGUUGUUUCCCUGCACAGAUCACCUCGUUCCAAACGCUACCGUUGCUUCGACCUCGACCUAAUGCGGAAGAACCGUCAGCGGCGAUAAGUCAGGGUCCCCCACCAAUAUCAUUCGAAGAUUCAUACUCCCCAGGUGACGCGUACGACUUCCACUUGCUCACUAGGGUGCCCCUUCCACGUUUUCUCAAUCGCCGCCUCAUACUACCAUGUAUUGCCCAUUGUGUCACCUUGGUUCAUCUGAAAGGGUCAGAUCCAUUCGCAACGAGUUACACGUAUAACAUCCAGGCAUUCGGUCUGAGGUCACUUGAAAUCACACUGCCAAACAAGCUAGAAGAUGUAACGCGGCCACAGGGUUCUCUGCAUCUUGUUCGCCCUUGGCACUCGAAGCUUCCUGGUUCAUCUGCCGAACUAGAUGCUGCGACUGAAGAACAGCUGCUCUCUACACUUGAGUGGCCAUUUAACGCUCUUUUGUUGAGUCAACUACCUCAUAACGAGCACAAAAGGAUGGCGUCUUCUACUCGCAUUACUGCUCAGCCCAUAGACCAGGCCAGCAUUCUGAAAUAG